AUGGCACAGACCAAUGGGGAGUUGGAGCACUCGAAAGAGGCUCCUCAGCCUUCUCAAGAGAUCGUCAACGGUGAUGCCGUCGAGGGCACACCGGAAGAAGACCUCUCAGGUGGUCUUUUCCAGAUCUCCGUGAAGCUUCCGCAUGCGCCUCAUAAGAUUCAAGUGAUGGUAUCCAACCAAGAACAGGUGCAGGAUGUCCGCCAAUCCAUUGUCGAGCUACCCGGAACCUUCCAAUACACUUGCUUCCACCUCGAGUUCAACGGAAACCGCAUUAACGAUUUCGUCGAGCUGUCCGAGGUUGAGGGCCUCGAGGCCGACUCUGAGAUUGUUCUGGUCGAGGAUCCUUACACCGAGAAGGAGGCUCGUAUGCAUGUUGUCCGCAUCCGGGAGCUCAUUGGUGCUUCUGGUGACCGGGUUGACAACCUUCACGGUAUCUCUGCCGGCCUUUCUCUGCACGACGCGAUCUCCGCGGACGCUACCAAGGCUACUCAGUCGGAGAAGGACCACUCGCUCGCCCAGUACGACCUUACCGGAACUUCCUCACUGCAGACCAUUCUGCCAACUACACAGGCUCCCCUACCCAAGACCGUGAAGUCUAUCUCAUUGUCUUCGUGGAACCCUGUGCCUUACAACCUCCGCCAGAAGGGCCACUUGCUCUACCUUGUGGUUUCUACUCUCGAGGGUGAAAUCUUCCAGGUCACUGCCCACGUGUCUGGAUUCUUCGUGAACACCAACUCGAACACCCGUUUCGAUCCUUUCCCGAAGAACACCCACCCUAAGAAGGGAAGCGCCCACUCUCUCCUGACGUUGAUCUCCCAGCUCUCGCCCUCGUUCAACGCCGCCUUCGAGUCUCUCCAGGAAUACAACAACGAAAAGGAUCUCCUGACUACCUUCCCCUUCCAGAACGCUAUUCCCAACAGCCCGUGGCUGAUUUCCCCCGCCACUUCCAGCUUGAGCGCUCACCAGCCUGAUAUCACCCGUUCCCAGGAGAACUAUCUGAUCUCUGGUGUUGAUAACGCCGAGACUCUGCGUGACUGGAACGAGGAGUUCCAGACCACCCGCGAACUUCCCCGCGAGUCUGUCCAAGACCGUGUGUUCCGCGAGAGAUUGACCUCCAAGCUCUUCGCUGAUUAUAAUGAGGCCGCCGCUCGCGGUGCCGUCUUGGUGGCUCGGGGUGAGGUUGCUCCUCUGAACCCCACUGAGGCGCGGGACGCCCAGAUCUUUGUGUACAACAACAUCUUCUACUCCUUCGGCGCCGAUGGCGUUGGAACCUUCACCUCUGAGGGCGGCGACGAAGCUGCUCGUGUGGCUGUUGGCAAGGAUGUUUUGGGCAUCAAGGCUGUUAACCAGCUUGACAUUGACGGUCUCUUCACCCCUGGAACCGUUGUGGUCGACUACCUGGGCAAGCGUAUUGUGGGCCAGAGCAUUGUUCCUGGUAUCUUCAAGCAGCGCGAGCCCGGUGAGCACCAGAUUGACUACGGUGGUGUUGAGGGUAAGGAGAUCGUUGCCACCCACGACGACUUCGUCCCGGUCUUUGAGAAGCUCUCCAAGGCGCUCCGCAUCAAGCAGCACCCUGUCUGGGACAAGGAUAACAAGCGCCACGACCUCGAGGGCAGUGUUGAGACCAAGGGUCUUUUGGGCACUGACGGCCGCAAGUACGUCUUGGAUCUGUACCGCGUGGCCCCCAUCGAUGUUGAGUGGCAAGAAGCGGAAGGCAGCGAUGCCUACCCCCACCGCAUGUCUGUGCUCAGAUUGGAGCUCGUUGAGUCCUACUGGCGCCACAAGAUGAGCCAGUACGUCAAGGCUGAGGUGGAGAGCCGCAAGGCCGCAUCUGCCGAGGCUUCCAAGGAGGGCAAGUCCGAGGAAGAGACCGCGGAACAAGAGCGUGUCGAUAUCUCCGGAUUCAAGCUGGCUCUCAACCCCGAUGUCUUCAGUGGUCAGGUUCCCCAGACCAAGGAGGAGAAGGAGCAGUGGGCACAGGACGAGAAGGAAGUCCGCGACGCCUGCGACCACCUCCGCUCUAAGAUCAUCCCCGACCUCCUCAAGGACCUGCACGAUGGCGAUGUUGGCUUCCCUAUGGAUGGCCAGUCGCUGACCCAGCUUUUGCACAAGCGUGGUAUUAACCUGCGUUACCUCGGAAAGUUGGCCGAGCAGUCCACCGAAAAGGGACCCCGCCUGCAGGCCCUGUCCAUCCUCCUGGUUCAGGAGAUGAUCACUCGUGCCUUCAAGCACAUUGCCAACCGCUACUUGAGCAAUGUUCCCGCUCCCUUCGUUACUCCCUGCCUUGCCCACCUCCUCAACUGUCUCCUUGGCUCUGAUGUCAACGCCACCCCCAAGGCCGAGAUUGACGAAGCUAUGCGUAAGAUCUUCCCCGAGGGUGAUUUCUCUUUCGAGAAGGUCACUCCCGAGUCCCUCCGAUCUGAGAUCGAGAAGCAGGUCGCCACCCGCUUCCGCUUCUCCCUCGAGAAGGACUGGGCCAGCUCCGUCAGACACUUGCAGCUUCUCCGUGACAUUUCCAUCAAGUUGGGUCUCCAGCUUGGUGCCCGUGACUUUGCCUUCACCAAGGAUCAGGUCAAGGAGCAGGUCGUUGUUCCUGUCACCAACGGCUCCACCCACGAGGAGCCCAAGAAGAAGGGCAACAAGAAGAAGGGUGGUGACAAGCAGUCUCCUUCCCGUGCUCCGGCUCCUGCGAAGCCCGCUACUACUUUCACCGCUGAUGAUAUUCUGAAUGUCGUCCCCUUGGUUCGCGAUGCCUCUCCCCGCAGUGCGCUGGCAGAGGAGGCCCUGGAGGCCGGUCGUAUCUCUCUCAUGCAGAACCAGAAGCAGUUGGGCCAGGAGCUCAUCUUGGAGUCUCUGUCUCUCCACGAGCAGAUCUACGGUAUCCUGCACCCUGAGGUCGCCAAGCUCUACCACCAGCUCUCCAUGCUUUACUACCAGACCGAUGAGAAGGAGGCUGCCGUUGAGCUGGCUCGCAAGGCUGUCAUCGUCACUGAGCGCACCAUGGGUGUGGACUCCGCCGACACUAUCCUCAGCUACCUUAACUUGAGUCUGUUCGAGCACGCCUCUGGCAACACCAAGACUGCCUUGGUGUACAUCAAGCAUGCUAUGGACAUCUGGAAGAUCAUCUACGGUCCUAACCACCCUGACUCUAUCACCACCAUGAACAACGCCGCCGUGAUGCUGCAGCACCUCAAGCAGUACACCGACUCCCGCAAGUGGUUCGAGGCUUCCCUCGCCAUCUGCGAGAACCUGUUCGGCAAGGAGUCUAUCAACACUGCCACUAUUCUCUUCCAAUUGGCCCAAGCCCUUGCUUUGGACCAAGACUCCAAGGCUGCUGUUGGUAAGAUGCGCGAGGCAUACAACAUCUUCCACGCCCAGCUCGGUCCCGAGGACCGCAACACCAAGGAGGCAGAGAACUGGCUCGAGCAGCUUACUCAGAACGCCGUUUCCAUCGCUAAGCACGCCAAGGACAUCCAGGCUCGCCGUAUGCGCCGCAUCACGAUGAACCCUCGCGUUCCUGGCAUGGGUACUCGUGUUCAGCCCCAGGUUGGCCAGGCUGCCCCUGAGAUUGCCCCUGCUGUCGCCGAUCCCUCCGGCCUUGACUCUCGCAACAUCGAUGAGCUUCUCAAGUUCAUCGAGGGCAGUGACGCCGGUGCUUCGCGCUCCAAGCAGAAGAAGCGUGCUGCCGCCAGCAACCCCAAGCUUCGCGGAUCCAAGCAGUCUAACAAGGCAUGA